UAGGGCUCUAUAUAAAGGCGUGUGUGGUAGAGGGAGAUUGCCGUGCAGCAGGGGUCACUCAGACUGAGAGGAAGCAGGACAGGGACAGCCUUCACUGGACACAAACCCGGCCACACGAGAGAGAGAGAGGAAUAUCCAGAACAUAACAGAUCAUCAUGGCAGAAAAAAUUAAGGACGCCAAGAUCAUCUUUGUUGUGGGUGGGCCCGGCUCUGGUAAGGGUACCCAGUGUGAGAAGGUUGUGGCCAAAUAUGGCUACACUCACCUGUCCUCAGGUGACCUGCUCCGUGCUGAGGUGGCCUCUGGCUCCGAGAGGGGGAAGCAGCUCCAGGCUAUCAUGCAGAAGGGCGAGCUGGUGCCUCUGGACACUGUACUGGACAUGAUCAAGGAUGCCAUGAUCGCCAAGGCCGACGUCUCCAAGGGCUUCCUCAUCGACGGCUACCCCCGCGAGGUCAAACAGGGAGAGGAGUUUGAGAAGAAGAUCGGUGCUCCCUGUCUGCUGCUGUACAUCGACGCCAGGCCCGAGACCAUGGUGUCGAGACUGUUGAAGCGCGGAGAGACCAGUGGCCGCUCCGACGACAACGAGGAGACCAUCAAGAAGCGCCUGGACCUUUACUACAAAGCCACAGAGCCCGUCAUCGCAUUCUACGAGGGCCGCGGCAUCGUCAGGAAGAUUAACUCUGAGCUUGCUGUGGAUGACGUAUUCACAGAAGUUUCUAAGGCUAUUGAUGCCCUCAAGUAAAGAGAACAUGACUGGACGAACUUUUGUUUCGGUCUUUAUUUCCAUCUUAAACUCCCAAAAACAGCAAAAUGCCGAACACAACGAAAACAACAACAGAAAAUGUACUGCAGUCGUAAACGUCCUGACGGGGUUGCCUUAAUUUAAUAUUUUACAUGAUUGUCACUGGAAACAGUAUCAUCGUUUUUACGUCUACAACCUUUUUACAUUCAAGGCACUUGGCUGCAGUGUCUACCUCUCAUCAUCUCUUACAUCUUGUGUAGUUUGGUUUUGCCCCAACAGGUUGUUUUGUAUGACCCCACAUCGUUCCACCCUUUCAUUAAAACCUUUUCCCCAAGAGUGAA